AAAAGGAAAAGUUAUGUAUGAAUGUUUUAGGCACAUGUAAGAAGGUACUUCAUAUAACGACAGAGAAUCCAAUAAUUGCUUCGCUUAGGGCUUAGAAGUCCGCUAGAAAGUAACUGCUAAUAUCUUCGGUUUGAUCUCUUGUAAUUACAGCAAGGGACUAAGUUAUCUGCAUUUUGGCGCCGAUAUCCACCCUUGGCGGGAGGUGGAAGUGGCAGACAUGGGGAGGGCUCCUUGUUGCGAAAAAGUUGGGCUGAAGAAGGGGAGAUGGACGGCGGAAGAGGAUGAGAUUUUGACCAAGUAUAUUCAAACUCAUGGGGAAGGCUCCUGGAGAUUAUUGCCCAAGAAUGCAGGUAUAUACAGCCAGACCUUCUUCCUCCAUUUUUUCUGUUACUCGGUCAUGCUCAUGUUUUUGGGUUGCAUAUCGAUCGUGUACGUUUCGAAUUUCCAAGGAUUACUAAGGUGUGGGAAGAGUUGCAGACUAAGGUGGAUUAAUUACUUGAGAGCUGAUUUGAAGAGAGGGAACUUUACAGGCGAAGAGGACGAACUUCUCAUUAAAUUGCAUCAAUCCUUGGGAAAUAGGUGGUCUUUAAUCGCCAGUCACUUACCAGGGCGAACAGAUAACGAAAUAAAGAACUACUGGAACUCUAAUUUAAGUACAAAAAUGUAUUGCUUCAGAAGGCUAUCCAAUCAAAGUUUACCCGUGAUUCUGAACGUCACCGGUCGAAAGGGAAUGAAGGAUAACCGGGGCCACAGUACCAAGAAAGAAAAUAAUGGCAAUUCUUCAUCAAAUAAGCCUAUGGAGGUUUUUAUUGAUGAAGUUGUGCCAUUUCUUUCUACUCCAUCCUUGGAAAAAGAAACCUUCCCCUCGGCUGUAGAAGAUAGCAUGCACCUGGAUCCCUAUGAAGAAGAUAAUGAGAGAAGGAUCGGUGUUAUACCCAGUUCUUGUCAACACACUGGGGAUGGGGAUCGAUAUGUAGAGAAUUCAAUGCUAUGCCCUGCGGCUACUGAUAGCGUUGUUGAGAAAGAGACUGAUAUUUUCUCACUAUUCGGAAGUACUGAAAGCAGCGGGAUGCUCUGUUUUGACAACAUCUUGGACAAUGAAUUGCUACAAACAAAUGGCGAUUCCACGUUAUCCCGGUGGGGAUUGAACCAAGUCUCUGUCGACCUUGAGAAUAGUGGAGAUCUGUGUCCAAACAAACCAGCAGCUAUUAACAAGCAAGUAGAGAGUGGCGACUGUGGGACUGGGGAUUUGACUUCCUAUUUCUGCACAACAUCAUGCUUCUUUGAUGAUUGUGAAGUCAAUAAUAUUCUGGAUUGGGACUGGGAAAGGAACGAGCUUUGGGAUGAGAAUGAGUGCAUUAUGCCAUCUUGGCUGUGGGAGCUCGAUUACAAUGACAAAGACGAUAGACUUACAUUGGAAAAUAAUGACCUUGAGUUGCAUGGCUCCGCAGUUGCUUGACUAUAUGUCUCCUAAUGCGUCGCUGUUGUGUGUUUUCACUUAGAUGUGAACAGAAACAGCUAUUUUCUGUCAUUUCUUUCCUAUUCCGUUCCGUAUGGAAAGAAAAAUAAAAAUAAAAAUAAAAAUAAAAUCGAGGGUGAAAAACACUAGUUGAAGGAUCAUAUUCACGAACCUUCAACUCGUAUUACUCUUACUAUCUUUGCAGGUUGCAACAAAUCUAUCACAUUCGUUGCGUAAUUUUGUAUUUUU